AUGCCUCCUCGAAUUUCUCCCCUCAGCACAUCCCUGUGCUGCAGGGCAACCGCCAAUGCUCCCGUGUCGUCGCUGACCGCGUACCUCGCCGGCCUCUCCCUCCAGACCCGCAACGCUUCCAUCCUCAGCAGCCUCGCCAACAACCCCGGCGCCAUUCACAACAAGAAGAGAGUCGGUCGCGGUCCCUCGUCCGGACACGGAAAGACGGCUGGUCGUGGUCACAAGGGUCAGAAGCAGCAUGGAAAGGUCAAGCCUUGGUUCCAAGGUGGUCAGACACCUCUGAUCGUCAAGCACGGCCGAAAGGGCUUCAGCAACUUCCGAGCCCCUCAGAUGUCUGAAGUGAACCUCGACCAGAUCCAGGCUUGGAUUGACCAGGGACGACUCGACCCCACGAAGCAGAUCACCCCCAAGGAAUUGAUCGAGUGUGGAAUUGUCGGCACCAUCAAGGAUGGAAUCAAGGUGCUGUCCCGUGGCGGAGAUAGCCUCAAGCAGCCCAUUGAUGUAAUGGUCUCCCGCGCCUCGGCUGGUGCCAUUGCCGCGAUUGAGGGCGCCGGCGGCAAGAUCCUGACCCGUUACUACACCAAGCUCGCCAUGAGGCGACUUCUAACGGGCGAGUCGGUCAACACAGACAAGCCUCUGCCCCAGGGCAAGGAGCACGUUGAGUCUGUGGUGGCCGCAGCCCGCGAAUCCCCCUUCCGAUACCGGUUACCUGACCCUACCAGCCGUGAGGACAUCGAGUACUACCGUGAUCCCGCACACCGAGGAUACCUGAGCCACCAGCUAGCGCCAGGCGAGUCGCCCAGUUUGUACUUUAGGGUGCCGGGAGUGCACAAGAUCAAGAGCGAGGUCAAGAAGGAGAACAAGGUCACCGAGGAGACGCUGUUCUAA